AUGGGUUCAUUCUCCAACAGAUUGGGAAACAGAAUGCCAUUCGAUGGAGCCAGUGAACCUGACCAUGCCCACGGGUCAUUAAAGUCUGAAUCAGACAUUUUGCAGAACACACUACCUGAAAAUGAGAAAUUCUAUUUUGAUCUGUCCAGAAUUAUUGAUAGAAAUGCAAGGCAUGCUGAUGGAAUUUUCACCAGCGUCUACAGCCAUCUUUUGGCUAAACUUGCUGUGAAGAGAUAUCUGCAUUCGCUUAUUAGAAAACGAGUUAGCUCCCAGGACAGUCCUGUCAAACGCCACUCUGACGCUGUCUUCACUGACAACUACAGCCGCUUUCGAAAGCAAAUGGCGGUGAAGAAAUACUUAAACUCAGUUUUAACUGGAAAAAGAAGCCAGGAAGAGCUAAACCCCACUAAACUUCGAGAUGAAGCAGAACUUCUUGAACCUUCAUUUUCAGAAAACUAUGAUUCUGUAGAUGAGCUGCUGAGCCACCUCCCACUGGACCUCUGAAGGACACCUGGUAAAAUCUACGACAAGAACAAGCUAUUUUUGAGUUCCACAUAUUGUAUUUCAAAGAGAUGACUUUAGUCAUCAAACCAGAACAAAUAUGUUGUGAAGUGAAAGUUGUGAUAUAUUUGUUUCUUAUGUAAUAAAAGUUGAUAUUUACAUUGUAAAUAUUACUCUAGAGUCUCUACUGAAAGCUGUACAUAUGGAUGCCAGUUUAACUCAUGAGACAUCUGUGAGUCCAUAUGCUGUAAAUCCUUUACUUCAAUAAAUUCAUU